AUGAAUACACAUAAAGCAGGCAUAGUAAUCACUUUUGGAAAUUUUGAUGGUAUUCAUUUAGGACACAGGUUUGCAAUUUUUACUGUAAAACAGAUGUCACAAAAAAUGGGUUUACCUUCCGCAGUGUUAACGUUUGAACCUCAUCCAUCAUCUGUUUUAUUUAAUAAAAAUCACUUUAAAUUGAUAGAUCAAGAGCACAAAGCUAGGCUAAUUAGUAGUCAUGGUAUAGAUUAUUUAUAUAUCAUUGGCUUUGAUAAAGGUUUCUCUCAAAUCAGCUGUGAUGAAUUUAUAGGUGAGAUUUUAGUAGAUAAGUACAAUGUUAAACAUAUAGUUGUUGGAAAAAAUUGUACUUUUGGUAAUAAAAGGUUAGGUAACAUAUCAACCCUCAGGAAAUAUUCUGAUGUAUAUGGGUAUUCUUUAACCGAAUUAGAGCCAUUGAUGAUUGAUGAUAAAAUUUGCUCUUCUUCGUUAAUUAGAGAAUAUCUACAGAGUGGAGAGUUAGAAGCUGCUAAUAGGUUACUUGGUAUGCCCUACCAAAUUUCUGGUGUAGUGAUAAAAGGUGCUUGUAGGGGCAGAAAGAUAGGGUUUCCAACUAUCAAUAUCCCUAUAGAAGAUUGCAUGAUAAAAGUAAAAUUUGGUACAUACUAUGCAAAAAUAGCAUUUUCUAAUUAUGGCCAAGAUUGGCUAUAUGGAGUAGUUAACAUUGGCAUGAGGCCAACGUUUAAGGAUUUAAAAAAACCUAUAAUAGAAAUGCAUAUAUUUGAUUUUAACAAAGAUUUAUAUGAUCAUAAGGUCAAGAUACAGCUUUUACAAUUUAUAAGAUCAGAAAAAAAAUUCCAUAGUAUUGAUGAGUUAAAAGAACAGAUAAAUUAUGAUAUAAUGAAAGCUUGUAAAUUAAAAACAAACCUAUGAGAAAGUUAUAUUUAAUCAUUAUGGUAAUUGCAGCACUUACCGAUCAAGCAAGUAAACUAUAUAUUAAUUCAUUAAUUGAUGAAGAAGGAUAUAUUGAGAUUUCUAGUUUCAUACGAUUAGUUGAAGUUUGGAAUUCAGGCAUUAGCUUUGGAUUAUUUAGUAACUUGCCAUACAAAGGUUUCAUAUUCUCAAUGCUUGCAAUCCUGAUAAUUAUUGUGCUUAUAUGCCUACUAUACAAAUCACAAGAUAAAUUAACUUGUUUAGGUUUUUCCUUGAUGAUUGGCGGAGCCAUUGGAAAUGUAGUUGAUAGGAUAUACUGGAAAGCUGUAUAUGACUUUAUAUAUUUUCACAUCGGUGAUUGGUACUGGCCGGCUUUUAAUUUGGCAGAUUUAUAUGUGAUUUGUGGAAUAUUUGUGCUUUUAUAUAAAUGGUAUAUAUAUGACAUUUUUAUUUCCAAGCGAAACAGUGAAUAAAAAUUGCUUAUUAGUAAGUAUUAGGUAUAAUUAAUAAUUGCCUUGCUAGUUAUAUAGAGUGUCAUAAUGUUUUAUAAGUUUUUUAGCUUUUCUUUAUUGGUUACAUUUUUUUUUAGUUAUCCAGUUUUCUCAGGACAAUUAAACAUAAAAAAAGACAUCAAUGUUCAGCACGCCAAAUUAAAAAAUGGUUUGGAUGUUUAUGUUGUACCUAAUCACCGCAUUCCAGCUGUAUUACACUCAGUAAUAUACAAGGUNACUUUAUAUAUUUUCAUAUCGGUGAUUGGUAUUGGCCGGCUUUUAAUUUGGCAGAUUUAUAUGUGGUUUGUGGAAUAUUUAUGCUUUUAUAUAAAUGGUAUAUAUAUGAUAUUUUUAUUUCUAAGCGAAGCAGCGAGUAAUAAUUACUUAUUGGUAAGUAAUAGGUACUAUUAAUAAUAGCCUUGCUAGUUAUAUAGAGUUUCGUAAUGUUUUAUAAGUUUAUUAGCUUUUCUUUAUUGUUUAUAUUUUUGAGUUAUUCUGCUUUCUCAGGACAAUUAAACAUAAAAAGACAUCGAUGUUUUACGCUAAAUUAAAAAUGGGUUGGAUACUUAUAUUGUGUCUAAUUACCGCAUUCCAGCUGUAUUACACUUAGUAAUAUACAGAUUGGUGGGAUGGAUGAUCCAAUUUAAAGUAGGAUUGGCUCACUACUUUGAGUAUUUAAUGUUUAAAACUAUAGGGAAGUUUAAAAAUAUAGAAUCUACUAUGGGUGGCAUAGGAGCUAGGUUCAAUGUAUUUACUACGAGUGGAUAUACUUGUUAUCAUGAGUUAAUGCUUAAAAGGAUUUAUCAUUAGCUAUGGAAAUUGAAGCAGAUAGAAUGGUUAGUUUUAAUGUUAGUCGUGAUAAAAUAGAGAGAGAAAAUAUUGUAUUAAAAGAAAGGAAGAUAUUGAUUGAUAAUCAACCUAUCGCUUUAUUGCGGGAAGAAAUGAAUAAUGCAUUUUAUCGCACGGGAUACGGCAACCAAUUGCUGUAUGGGAUGUAG